ACCACAGGCCUCUACCAUUCUCUAUGGGGGAAAAUGAACUCUUGCAUCGCUGAGAUGCGACGGAAGUCCUUACUCCAUAAGCAGCUGUCCUUGAAUGCACUCGGGAAACAUGUUACAGAACUAAAAUUACAUCAUUUAAAUGAUCUUUUGGCAUUAUUGAUCAAACCAUUCAUACCGGAGUAGUGAUAUAAACAUUAAUGUAAGUUUUCCCAAGCCCAGUGAUGUCAGCCCCCAACUCGAACCAGAGAAAGGCAUGCUGGGGCGCUAGGGACGAGCUGUGGAAGUGCCUUGAUGAUAACCAGGACAAUGCCUCCUCCUGUGAGAAGUUCCAGAAAGAGUUUGAGGCGAGCUGUCCAGCUCAGUGGGUGAAACACUUCACCAAGAGGAGAGACUUUUUGAAGUACAAGGACAAGAUGCAGACGGAGGGCUUCGAGCCUGCUGACGGGCCUAAAGAGUCACGGUCCUAGCCAGUAGCCACUGGUCAGAAGACUUGAGAGGAGGGCUUCCUGGGGCCUCCUGGUUGAUGGACAGUAAGUGGACUGUCACUGGUCACUAGAGCACAAUCUUGCCAUGCCUCCCCAGUGACGAUAGAUGCUGGAUUUCAGUGACCUAACACCUGGACACUGGGUAGAUGUCAACUACGUGCCGCAGUCAGAUUCUCAAGCUUCUCCGCAAGUGUGCACUUGUCUCGUUCACUCCUCGCCUCAGACUAGUGACCGUACCUACGUCACGCAUGGGACAGGUGUGUGGUGACGUAACCACGGUGAGCGCUGUGGAAAGUGCACCCCUCACAGUCACAGACAUGGUUCUACAGGCUUUCUCUGUAUCCCUCUCUGCUCUCUCGAUACAACGUCAAGGGGUUGUAUGUGGUGUGACACAAAUCAACUGCUCCGUGACUGAUAGUCUAACCACAAUCGUUUCUUAUUUAUGCUAUUGUCAAAGAUGAAUAAAGAACAAAAUCUGAAUCUAUGAAUAGACAGUGAUAUGUUAUGUGUGUGUGAUCUGUUGUGAUAAAUAAAGACGAGUCAAUGGUUCAGUG